GGAUGCCUGUUUGCUGCUUUGCCUGUGAGGGGGAGAAGCCAAGCGAAUGCAGGGAGUGCUUCUAGAGAGAUGGUUUUCUGGUUAGGAUAGAUAAKAUAGGGUAUGCAGUGACAAAGCUGCUUCAGCACUAAUAGGCUGCUUGUGAACGUGCAAGAGAGGAAUCUGCCAUGUUUUCAUGKUUUUUUCGCCUGGAAUCUAUUCCUGAAAAAUCCAUAAAUGCAGAACUGGACUUCUAAUUCAGAAACUCGAUCCCAGCUUGUAUUUGGAAGUGCAAGCAAACUGUGGUCGUCAGGGAGCCCGGUAAGCCCGCGUCUCAGCCCGUGAGAGCCAUGACCGUGGCACGCAGUGUGCAGGGUAGAAGGGAACAGGACCCACAUGUCAGUGGUCUAGGAUGGCCAGUGAAGGCUCGAGCAUCCCAAGCCCUGUGGUCCGCCAGAUCGACAAGCAGUUUCUGAUCUGCAGCAUAUGCCUGGACCGCUACAAGAACCCCAAAGUGCUUCCCUGCCUGCACACCUUCUGUGAGAGGUGCUUACAGAAUUACAUUCCAGCCCAUAGCUUAACCCUUUCUUGCCCCGUGUGCCGCCAGACCUCCAUUCUGCCAGAGAAAGGGGUUUCCGCACUCCAGAACAACUUCUUUAUCACCAACCUGAUGGAUGUCCUGCAGCGAGCGCCCGACAACAGCAUAGAGGAGUCCUCCAUCUUGGAGACUGUCACUGCUGUUGCUGCAGGCAAGCCACUCUCCUGCCCCAAUCAUGAUGGAAAUGUGAUGGAGUUUUACUGCCAGUCSUGCGAGACAGCCAUGUGCCGGGAAUGCACGGAGGGAGAGCACGCGGAGCAUCCCACGGUCCCGCUCAAGGAUGUGGUGGAACAACACAAGGCGUCUCUCCAAGUCCAGUUGGAUGCUGUCAACAAAAGGCUUCCAGAGAUCGACUCAGCACUUCAUUUUAUAUCUGAAAUCAUACAUCAGUUAACCAACCAAAAGGCUAGCAUUGUAGAUGACAUUCAUUCCACUUUUGAUGAACUCCAGAAGACUUUAAAUGUGCGAAAGAGCGUGCUGCUUAUGGAACUGGAAGUGAAUUAUGGCCUUAAACACAAAGUGCUGCAAACACAGCUGGAUACCCUGCUUGAAGGACAAGAGAGCAUUAAAAGUUGCAGCAGCUUCACAGCGCAGGCCCUCAACCACGGCACCGAAACGGAGGUCCUGCUGGUGAAGAAGCAGAUGAGCGACAAGCUCAACGAGCUGGCCGAGCGGGACUUCCCGCUGCAGCCCCGCGAGAACGACCAGCUCGACUUCCUCGUGGAGACCGAAGGCCUCAAGAAGUCCAUCCACAACCUGGGCACCAUUUUAACCACCAACGCGGUCGCCUCCGAAACGGUGGCCACGGGCGAGGGCCUGAGGCAGACGGUGAUCGGGCAGCCCAUGUCCGUGACCAUCACGACGAAGGACAAGGACGGGGAGCUGUGCAAGUCGGGCAACGCGUACCUCACCGCCGAGCUCAGCACGCCCGACGGCAGCGUGGCCGACGGCGAAAUCCUCGACAACAAGAACGGCACCUACGAGUUCCUGUACACCGUGCAGAAAGAGGGGGACUUCACUUUGUCGCUGAGGCUCUACGAUCAGCACAUUAAGGGCAGCCCCUUUAAGCUGAAGGUGGUCAGGUCGGCAGAUGUGUCCCCGACCACRGAAGGGGUCAAGAGGCGUGUGAAGUCGCCCGGCAGCGGGCACGUGAAGCAGAAGGCUGUGAAGAGGCCGGCUAGCAUGUACAGCACGGGCAAGAGAAAAGAGAAUCCCAUUGAAGAUGACUUGAUCUUCAGAGUGGGUACCAAAGGGAGAAACAAAGGGGAGUUUACAAAUCUUCAGGGUGUAGCUGCAUCUACAAAUGGAAAAAUAUUAAUAGCAGACAGUAACAACCAGUGUGUGCAGAUAUUUUCCAACGAUGGCCAGUUCAAGAGCCGUUUUGGCAUACGAGGAAGGUCUCCUGGGCAGCUGCAGCGGCCCACGGGGGUGGCUGUGCAUCCCAGCGGGGACAUCAUCAUUGCUGACUACGAUAACAAAUGGGUUAGCAUAUUUUCAUCGGAUGGAAAAUUUAAGGCCAAAAUUGGGUCUGGAAAACUCAUGGGUCCUAAAGGUGUUUCUGUGGAUCGCAAUGGGCACAUCAUAGUGGUGGACAACAAAGCCUGCUGCGUGUUCAUCUUCCAGCCGAAUGGGAAAAUAGUUACCCGGUUUGGGAGCCGAGGAAACGGCGACAAGCAGUUUGCAGGUCCUCAUUUUGCAGCUGUAAACAGCAACAAUGAAAUUAUUGUUACAGAUUUUCAUAACCAUUCUGUCAAGGUAUUUAACCAAGAGGGAGAAUUCAUACUAAAGUUUGGAUCAAAUGGAGAAGGAAAUGGACAAUUUAACGCACCAACUGGAGUAGCUGUAGAUUCUAAUGGAAAUAUUAUUGUAGCAGAUUGGGGAAACAGCAGGAUACAGGUUUUUGAUGGAAGUGGAUCGUUUUUAUCCUACAUCAACACCUCUGCUGACCCCCUUUAUGGCCCCCAAGGUCUGGCCCUCACUUCAGACGGCCACGUGGUAGUUGCAGACUCUGGGAAUCACUGCUUCAAGGUCUAUCGAUACUUACAGUAACCGUGAGCUCYGGAGCCGGAUCAGCAUCCCUCCCUAAGGAAAGACUGGUCCCGGAGGGCCAACGCAGGGUGUCUCCUACUGCAAUGAGUUUGUUUAUGAUAACGGAGGAGUCUCUUACGGGCUUCUCGUGUUAAGUUCCAAACUUACCUUGUUUACAUAGRACUUGCACCUCUCAUGUUCCUCACUGAACUUUUUCUUGGGUUAACACACAGAAUCCUCUUUAGCUGAAUUCAUAAGGACAAUGUGAUAUUAAACACAGGCUGCAGCUUAUGGAACUGGAAUUAACUAAUUGGGCAUAUGAGAAUUUUGGGGGGGAGAAAAAAUCCCCAAAGCUUUUUGAAGACUGCAAAGGGUAGCUCCUGUUUAGAGCUUCCAAAUUUGAAAAGAAGUGUCAUUGUUAUGCAUUAUCCUGGAAAUCUAGAUCUGAUUAUCAUGGUAGGUAUUACACUUUUAACAUUCUUCAGUCUUAAUAACUCUAACAAGUAGGUCCUUUUAGCACAGGUAUAACGCUAAGUCAUGCAAAAUCCGUCUAGCUCGAACCAUCACACCUAACUCAGCUCGACGUUCAGCACUAUGAGAAUCAAUGCAAAUUCCCUCAUCGUGUGGGGUGAAUGAAGGAUCGUUCCAUGUGCUUAUUUUUCACUCCUCCUCUUGCUUAAUGUGCUGUAAGGACUUUGCAGAGACCUGACAUUUCUAAAGCUCUGGAAAACCUUAAUUGUAAAGAUGCAUUAGCGAGAGCUGAAUUUCUGUAGAACGACAGACCUUUUGACACCAACCUAGUUCAUUAGGAUCAGGGUUAUUACAAUGUCAGCUCAAUUAACCUCGUGUGUGCCACUCUUCUGUAUGUGUUUGUUGCCAUAUCUCCUCAAGGCAACUCAUUGUAUGAACAAAUAAGAUGCCGCAUCUCACAGGACAGAAAGCCAGAGAGGUACCCCUAUGGAGGACCUACGUUAUACAACCAAAGGGACUGUGGUUAACAGGGGUUGUAUAAGAAAGCCAAGGGUUACCAAAGCUAUUUGUUUUUAACAUGAGGGGAAAAAAAAUACAUUAUGAGAAAGAAUGAAUUUGAACCAAUUCCCAAAGUCCUUCACCAAGGGAAUUUUGUUAGAGAACAAAAUAAGGACUGCAAGAUUUAUUCCUGUUUGUUUGUUUGUWUGUAUGUAUGUAUGGCUGAUGGAUGCAAAAACAAAGUAAAUGUAGGUUAUUUCAGCAAAGUGGAACAUACGUAUGCCAUUUGAUAAUGGCAGUACUCUGAAAAAUGUCCCUUCCUCUUCCUGCCGGAUAUCUCUACUAUGUUCUUUGUUGAAAUACUAAUUUAACUGGACAUCAUGUUACAAUCAUAUUACUUGGUUCUAUUUUUAAUGUGUUUUUUUAAUUAUUUACUUGUCUUUUUUAAAAUAGCAUUGGUUUUAUURUUAAUUCUAAACCUGCUGGUCAAAGAUGUAUUGCUACCAUAACCUAACCCAGAGUGGUGCUUACUCUUAGACCUCACCUAAGGAGCUGGUUGGCCUGCUGCCGAUGCCUGAAAUAGUCUGGGAAGAAGAAUCUCUCUUUUCUACUUUUUAGGGAGUUUAAACACAAGGACAUUGCACCAGGACCAGGGCAGUAUUUUAAGCAUGUCUGCAAAACUGGAAGAAAUUUUUGUGAGAUUACUUGUUAUAAAUAUUUGUCUUAUUUCUAAAAGGUUAAGAUGGUUUCAAUGAAUUUGAGGAAAAGCUAAUGAUUUUCUGUAAAGAUGUGUUUGACUUGUGAAAAUGCAGACUCUGAAAUUCAUACAUGUGGAGUUUGUCUGGUUUAUUUUGUUUGUUCUUAAUURCUAUUUCUUAGAAAUAUU